CUCAGCGCCCCGUUGCUUCGGGGUACGGCGACAACGAUGAACGUGUCCCCGUCGUGUCUGUCCAUGCAGUGGCUGGGAGCAUUCAGGCAGCGCGGCUCCGGAAAGUUAAGUGAUGAAAGCCUAAAGGCGGAUUUUACAGAGUCGGCGUUUUCUUCAAAUCUCUCAGUGAGGAUUAGCUGUCUUGCUCCAACACCUCAAAUUUCAGUUCUCUCAGAUGAGUACUCCAGGCCAGCUGUAAUUGGACAUGCUGGAAGUUUGGCAUCAUACCCAGAUAGCGCUGAAGCUAUCAAAGACAUUUUGGUGUCUGUUCUAAGCGCAUCUGGUCUGAAGCCCUCCCUGCUGUCAGAGCACACCAGCAUGCAGGGAGCUGAGCACCCUGACAGCGACCUGGAGCGAUGGGAGGAAAGCAGCGAUGGGGAGAACGAUGACGACACUGACAGUGAUUCUGCACAUCACAGCACUGCCUGCACACAGACAGACGUUAGGUUUACACGGCACCGAGCCUGCUGGGACAAUACAAACUGUGAUUCCUCUGGACCUGCCCUGGAUACUUUCUUUCAUCCACGUUAUUCUGACAAGGAUCCUGCUACUUCCUCCCUGAAUGGUUUCACUCUUUCAGACAUAUCCCCUUUGAAGCGAGACUGCUUUACACAAGUGACGUUAACGGGUGGCACUGUCACUUCAGCUGUUGUGCAUCCUGAAAAAGAAUGCCAGAAUAUUUUCUCUGAACAAGACUUGGCUUUAACAAGGCUUCCUCUGGAUUCAACUGUUAGUAAGCCAACAAAUCUAUUUAAAUACCCUGCUGCUUCAGAGCCUGCAAAAGUCAGCACUGCUGACAGCAGUUCUCCCAGUACGUCUUCCCAGUUGGAGCCAUUCAGUCAAACAGGUUCUGCUUCCCUUUUGAACAUAAGUGCAGUACCCUUGAAUCGUACGUUGCAGGACAUCUUUGUGCUUCCAGAGGAUGUGGAGAAGGAGAACGCCCACUUCUUUGUUGCGGAUAUGAUUAUAGCAUCCCUGGAAAAGAUGAAAUGUAAUAUCCUAAGCCAGCAAGCAGAGUUUUGGGGUAUGGAUGAAACGAGCGGGUCAGAUGGCAGCUAUCACACUGAUUCAGAGUUAUCUUCUUAUCCUGGAGAAAAGAAGUCUGAUUCUUCUGUUGCCUCCACAGACAGCGGUUAUGAAGGCUGUGCCCUGCUGAUGGGCAGCUCCUCAGUACAUCUACCUCUGCAUCAUGAGGCUACUGGACUUCCUUGCCACAGUGACUCAGAGGAUGAAUAUGUCAUUAUUGAACUUGAACACCUUGAAAAUCUGUCUGUGACCUCAAAUGAAAGAUCGUCCUUUGAACCAGGCAGCAAUUCUGCUGAAGCAACAGCUCAGGAAUUGUGCAGAGCUUUCAGAAAACACUGGUUGCAAACAGAAUCUGCAGUGCAACUGUCUGGGUGCCUGGGCUCAUCUAAACAGAAAUCUGUGAAAGAAGAGAUUCCAAGGGAGCUUGAGUCCAGUUUGAAUCUGGCUGAAGAAAUAAAGCUGCUGUCCAAAUUAAGAGAAUCUUCUGGCUGGUCCCCACCAAGAUCUCAGAUUAUAUUUAGCAUUCACCCUUCAGUCAAGAGAGAUGCAGUGGUUGCUGCCCAAAACUUUACAUGUGUUGGUUGUGGAACCCCAAUAGAAAGCAAAUACAUCAGGAGACUCCGCUAUUGUGACUACCUGGGGAAAUACUUUUGUGACUGUUGCCACAGUUACGCUCAGUCUGCAAUUCCUGCUCGAAUACUCAUGAAGUGGGACUUCAAGAAAUAUUACGUAUGCAACUUCUCCAAACACCUCCUGGAUAGCAUCUGGCAGCAACCGAUUUUCAAUGUGUCGUCUAUCAACAAAGCCCUCUAUACAAAAUCUAAGGAAAUGGACAGAGUGAGGGAGGCACAAGAACAGCUUUUUCAUUUAAAGAAGCUUUUGAAAACCUGCAGGUUUGGUGAAAGUGUACUGAAAGAAUUUGAACGGGUCCCCAGCCAUCUGACAGAGGAGCUGCAUCUCUUCUCAUUGGAUGAUCUGGUGAAGAUCAAACGAGGGCAGUUACUGCCCCUUCUUAAAGAAAUUCUGAAGAGCUCCACCUCUCAUGUUGAUGGCUGUGAGCUCUGUCAAGCAAAGGGAUUCAUCUGUGAAUUCUGUCAGAGCGCAGAUCUGCUCUUUGCAUAUCAGAUUUCCAAAUGCAAGAGGUGCACAGAAUGCAAAGCAUGCUUUCACAAGGCCUGUUUCAAGGCUGGAGGCUGCCCCAAGUGUCUGCGGAUCGCAGCUCGGAGGACGCUUUCAGAAACUCCAUCAUCGGUGCCUCUGUGAAACUGGAUUCCUCUGAUGGUUGCUCAAAGCCAAGUCUUCAGGUGCAUGACUAAGAAUUGAAUAAUGUUGUUUUAGACAUUACUAUUUUUAAUGCGUGUUUCCUUUAGGGGAAAAAAAGAAAGGAAAAAAAAAAGAGAAGGCCUUUAAUAUCAUCAUCCUUAAAAACUCUCCCUAAAGGAGUUUCAUCUUUACUGGUCACAGAAAGACUGGAUGUUAAUUCUGGGAGCAGCAUUUUCGUGCUGUUUUAUAUGUAAGAUUUUUAAUAUUGUAUUUUUG